GGGUACUACGGGGGAACCCUUGCAAUUAGCUAAAAUGCAGUAGCGUAAGAUUUUAACAACUGUUGAACAUUGUACACGGAAAUAGUAGACAGAUAAAAAUUACACCUUAAAACAUUGGGGUGAAGGUUAUGAAUACCACAUAAAACACGUUUCUGGAAUCCGAGAGUUGAAAAUUUUCGUUGUUAGUUCUUCGUCGGUUCCUCCUGUUUUAACAUCUAAAUAGGUUAAAAAUAUUUAAUAUUCGUAAUGGCUGUGAACAAGUUGCGGAAUAUGUUUAAAUUACAUUACUGGCCCAUAUUGACAGGUCUUUGGUUUCUCAUAGGAUUUAUAAUCACAUUCUCACUGGCAAUAUUGCAAAACCAUGUUUACAUUCCAUUCAUCAGUGAUACUGGUACCACACCACCAGAAAGUUGUCUAUUUGGUCAGGUACUCAACAUUGGCGCGUUGCUCUUCACUGUUACGGCAUACAUUCGUUAUCGACAAGUUCGAUUCAUCCAAGCAAUGGCUGAAGUAAACUUGAAUAAAUUUUGGAAUAAUUUGGGACUGGUAAUUGGUAUAUUAUCAAGUAUCGGUCUUACCAUUGUGGGAAAUUUUCAAGAAACCUCAAUACUGUUCAUACACCUCAUGGGUGCCGGUAUGACAUUUGGAUUUGGCUCUGCAUACAUGGGCGUGCAGUCAGCAAUUUCUUAUUUUGUUAGAAAUUUUUACGAGAAACAUCCAGAGAUCAACAUAAGUAAUAAAAUUCUCUACUCUAAAAUUGCAGUGUCUGUAUGUUGUUGCUUACUAGUUAUAGUUUCUGGAAUAUCUAUUCUCAUGGCGCUAGCAGAAUUUAAAGGCGAAAGUAUACCAUGUUGGAGUGAAAGUGAGGGAGGAUUUACCCUUAAAUUAGUUGCAACGGUUACGGAGUGGUGUUUAGCUAUUUGUUUCAUAUGUUAUUUAUUUAUAUUUGCAAGUGAAUAUAAAUUAAUAGAGUACGAAGAGAUACGAUUUAGAAUGAAAUUUGCUACACCAGGAAACGGAGAGAAGGUGGUGGAGUCUCUCAGUCUAGAGUAAAAAAAUGAGGCUGAACAAUUUAUGUAGUGCCGACAUGCAUAGUGCCGCCCUCAACUUUAGAUCCAGUCAGAUAUCGAGGUCCGAAAGUUUGCUAUAUAAAAUGUUACUUUUUGACCUAAAAGUAAUAACCAAAUAGGGGGCAUUAAAACGGCAUAGUGUGUAAGAAGUGGUCAGUAUUCAAUUUUUAUCACAAUAAAGAUGAACCGAAGGUUGUUGAAUAAAGAAUUAAAAUACCUUUUAAUGUAGUUUUCAUCCCCUUCGAGUAUGACCCAGAUGAAUUACUUUCAUCACGGAACUAUACGAACGCAGUUGGAUAGAGUGCGAUUAUUUGUACAGAAAUAGAAAUCGGUAGGUAUUUCUUAUGCUGAUCUAAUGUGGGAAAAAAUAUAGGUGGUGUAGGUGGUAAAUAGCACAAGCAAGUGCUAGAGCAUAUUUUUCAGACGCGACUGAUUUUUUUUACAGGUGGGGAAAUGCUUCUUAUGUACACUCCGGCUAGAAGUCCGGAUCAGUGUGGGGCUCUCCCAUUAUCGAGGUAUAUCCACGAAAACCCCACCUAAGGCUUCGGCUUCUAAGGCCAUUAGCCUUUAUGCUCGUUGACUUUUACGGAAUGGAAAGACACAUAACGACACAAGACCGUACCAUAACCGUGAAGGAGGCGUGCGAUAGAGAAUGCCUUAAGUAGGAAUGUGUAAUGUAGUUGGAAGGAAUUAACAGGGCGCGGUAGGCAGAGAAGAAGAAGAAGAAGAAGAUGCGAAGGAAAGAAGUGUGAAAGGAGGGGGGGGGAGGAAUUAUGUAGAAACGUGAAAGGGUUGUCAAAAAGUCUGACGUUGAAACAGGCGCCAAAGAAACAGAUGUGAAAGAAACGGCCCCCACGAUGAGACGCGUAAGAAGAACGAAAUAAAGAAAAGGCCGAUUUAAGUAGGCGUGAAUGUGGAAUUAAAGGAAGAAAUCUGAAGGGAGAGAGCAUGCAAGAAAGAAAACUGACCAAAUGAAGAGCAAUUUAAAGGGAGUGAUAGAAAUACGAAAUAGGCGAGAAUCAGUCGUGAAAAUGUCAUCAGCGGAUAAAAGAGGCAAGAUGGAGAUGGAGGUAU